UCCUCACGGGCCCGGCAUGAAGAUGGAUGCCGUCUCUGUCCACUCUGUGCUGAGCCUUCUUUUUAUUUACCUCUCCUUUCUCCUGGAUGUCUCUGUGGCAGAUGACUGUCCUGUGUCAUUAAUGCCGACCAUCGAGCCCCCUCAUCUGGUUGUGGAGUACAGAGGCCCAGCCUCGGCCAUCUGCACCACUAACCAAUCUGUGGAUGAUAUGAACUGGGAGGCAAGUGAUGGGGUGAAGAGGAAGAUUGACGAGCAGAGCAUGGUCUGGAGUGUCUCUAGCAUUCUGUGGUCACUUGGAAAUGGAGUACAAUGCUACACCAACAGUGAUGCUGGGCAGUGUCUGCAGCAUCUACCCAUCACCAUUUACAAAACUCCUGACAGUGUAACAGCUGAGCUCGUGAACAAUCCAGGCGGUCCCUUGCUUGAGGGUCAUCAGUACACCCUGGAGUGUAAGGUCAAGAGUGUUGCCCCAGUCCGAAACCUCUCCGUCAUCUUGCAGAAAGAAGACCAGGUGGUGGCACAGACAAGCUACACACAGUUCUCCUCCUCUGUUGAGGGGGAAGAAUCCGAAGACGUCAAUGUUACAGCUACGUUCCCCAUCACGGCUUCCAUGGACGACAAUGCUGCAGGCUACCGCUGUGCCGCCAAACUGGACCUGUUGGACGCAAUUGAACCCAUUCCUGACUCCGUGUCCAAUAUUACCCAGCUGGAAGUACUCUACGAACCCAGAAUGCUGAACGUCACCGGCAAUGUGACCGUCAAGGCGGGCGACAAGCUGAUGUUAGCAUGUCGUGCUAAUGCUAACCCCGCACCGUCCUAUCAGUGGAAGCACAACGGAGCGGCCCUGGCCAAUCAGAAAAGCAAUACCCUGCAGCUGGAUGCGAUUGGAGAAGCCAAUGGGGGUGUCUAUGAGUGCACGGCCACAAACACACAGGGAGAAGUCUCGGCUCGGAUGACUGUGACUGUGAAAAUCCAGGGUGAGUGAGCGCAUGCACAAUCUUGAUUUGACCACUAGGGACAACAUUCUGGUAACAAAAAAUAAUUUUAUCCCUGUGUUUUAUCAAUUGGUAAUUAGCU